UAUGGUAUCAUUAAAUUCUUUGUCAAUUCUCUUGAUUUCGUAUCAAAUGGUGAUGUUUGGUUCAGUUGUAGCGCAGAAUCAAAUUCAAAAUAAUAGUAGUUGUGUCGAUGGAUUCGAGUGUGGGAAUCUUGGAAAUGUGAGUUUUCCAUUUUCUGUAUCUUCACAACCUGAUUGUGGAUUGUACACUAUAGCUUGUGAUGUUACUCCCAAUCCAACAAUUCAUCUCGGGGAAAAUGUUUAUAGUGUUGUGAGACAACGAAGCUUUGAUAGUUUUCGAGUUUUAGACCAUAGGCUUGAGGAAUUAUUGACGAGAAACAGUUGUAAAACUUUCGAUGGAAGUAUAUCGUUUCCAAAUUCUCCUUCUGUCUCGUUUAGAAUCAAUGAACGAAAUCUUACUUUGUUUAGAUGCAAUGGCAGUUUAGAUAUCAACAGAAGCAUGAGUGAUCAUUAUUUUCGCGAAUAUCUGAAUUAUACUAAAUGUAGUGGCUUUAGUAUAUACUACAAGUAUCCUAGUAGAGGACGGGGAAAUUCCUCUGAUACAUCAGAAGAAGAUAUUCCGGAUAACUGUUCUCCGAUUCAAUUGCCAAUUACAUGGAAUUCAGGAUCAAACGUUUCGAAAAGUAGCUUGUUUGAUCUCUUAACUGGGAAUUUUUCAAUUCAGUGGAGCCUGUCUGAUGAUUGUAGUAGAUGUCACUAUCAAGGAGGUCGAUGUUUAACCGAUAUCAACAAUAGAUUUCUUUGUUCCACAGCCACAGUCUUACCUGUGGUGAUUGGCUUGACCUUUUCAAUCUGUCUUGGUAUUGUUAUCUGGCAUUUCAAGAAAGGAAAAGGCGGUCGUUCUCACUCUUUCACAGGAAAUACAUUUUCUGAUCCUUCAAGAAAAGAUCUGGAAGGGGAUAGCAAGUACUUUGGAGUCCCCGUCUUCUCCUACUCUACUCUCGACGAAGCCACCAAUAAUUUUGAUCCCUCCCAAGAGCUUGGAGACGGAGGUUUUGGAACUGUAUACUAUGGUAAUAAGCCACGUAAAUCAAGUCAUGACAUUUCGAAUCAUAUUUGGAAAAGCAUUAGGCAGAGUUUUGCAUUACUGUAUUAA